UUACCUUAAACUAAAUAAGAGAUUUUGAUAAUCUCAGUAAAUUUUACCAUUUAUUUAACUUCCAUCUAAAUUUUACACCCAUCCAAAUAAAGGUUUAUGAAAUUUUUCACCUCUUGAGAAUUGUCACUUGUUCUUCCAAACAAAAGGGUCUAGUAGCCGUCACAGACCUCUCAUCACCAAGCUUUAAUCCUAGGGUUUCUCUGCACUAUCAGAAGAAGAGUAAACAGUAUGUUGGACAUAAAUCUCUUUAGGGAAGACAAGGGCCACAACCCUGAACUCAUCCGCGAAUCGCAGCGUCGUCGUUUCGCUAAUGUAGAUAUCGUCGACGAGAUCAUUCACCUUGACAAGGAAUGGAGACAGCGUCAAUUUGAACUUGAUAACCUGCGCAAAGAAUUUAAUAAGAUAAAUAAAAGAGUUGCUCAGCUCAAAAUUGCUGGUGAGGAUGCUUCUGAGUUGAUUAAUAGCACCAAUGAGAACAAGAAAUUGGCUUCUGAAAAAGAAGCUGAGGUUCAGCAGGCUGCAGAAGCUUUAUAUAAGAGAUUGGAAGUAGUUGGUAACCUUGUCCAUGAUUCUGUUCCUGUUAGUAAUGAUGAGGCUAAUAAUGCUGUGAUUCGUGUUUGGGGCGAAAAACGAUCAGAGCCCAAAUUGAAAAACCAUGUGGAGCUUGUUGAGCUUCUUGGUAUUGCAGAUACUAAGAAAGGAUCUAAUGUUGCUGGAGGGAGAGGCUUCUAUCUGAAAGGUGAUGGUGUACGACUUAAUCAGGCAUUGAUCAACUUUGGCCUUGACUUCUUGGAGAAGAGGGGUUACACAGCCUUGCAGACUCCCUUUUUCAUGAGGAAAGACAUUAUGUCAAAAUGUGCUCAGCUUGCUCAAUUUGAUGAAGAACUUUACAAGGUGACAGGUGAAGGAGAUGACAAAUAUCUAAUUGCUACUGCUGAGCAACCUCUAUGUGCUUAUCAUUUAGAAGAUUGGAUCCAUCCCUCCCAGCUACCAAUCAGAUAUGCUGGUUACUCGUCUUGUUUCCGUAAAGAAGCUGGUUCACAUGGUCGUGAUACAUUGGGAAUUUUCAGAGUCCAUCAAUUUGAGAAAGUGGAGCAGUUCUGUAUUACCAGCCCAAAUGGCAAUGACUCGUGGGAAAUGCAUGAGGAAAUGAUCAAGAACUCCGAGGACUUCUACAAGAUGUUGAACAUUCCUUACCAAUUGGUGUCUAUUGUUUCUGGCGCUUUGAAUGAUGCGGCUGCCAAAAAGUAUGAUUUGGAGGGAUGGUUUCCUGCUUCAAAUACAUACAGAGAGUUGGUCUCCUGUUCCAAUUGUACAGACUACCAGUCAAGAAAACUAGAAAUUCGAUAUGGACAGAAAAAGAGCAAUGAGCAAGCAAAGCAAUUUGUUCAUUUGUUGAAUUCUACCCUGACUGCAACAGAGAGAACAAUUUGCUGCAUUCUUGAGAAUUACCAGAAGGAAAACGGCGUGGAGGUUCCAGAACCUUUGAGAUUAUACAUGGGUGGCAAAUCUUUUCUCCCCUUCCAAAACAACCCAUCCACAGAUGGCAAGGGGAAGAAAUCCAAGGCCUAGUCAUCCUAUCGAAAAAAUUUUCAAUGGAUUUUUGAAAUUUGAGAAUUUUAACUUUGAUAUUCAAAUUAUUAGUUGUCAUCAAUGUUCUCUUUUUGGCUACAUAGUCAUUACCGGAUGGAAGGGGUAACCUUUGGUUUGUCAUACAAAUUGCUUUCUACUCGUGUAGUAUAACUGCAGGCUUCUGAUACACAUUUUUUCCUUUUCUUAUAAUUUUUUUCUAAAUUUCCCAGUUUGCACAA